AUGACCAGCCCUCCGAAGGUCCUUGAAGAGGACGGAGCACACGUCGGCUCAGUGAAAGCCGGCGUUGACUCGGUACAGACCACAGACGUCGGCGAUGCGGAUCUCACUGCCACUGCGUCGCUAGAUGAGUCGGCAGCAGCCAGUGCCACGAUUCAGUCUGGCCUGGGAGAACCACCGUCGGAACCUCCUGCUAAGCCCUCGCAGCCAAAGCCGCAGCCAGUGAGUGCUGCACCAAAGACACUAAAGGUGCUGACGUUUCCACGUCUUGUCGCAGCUAGUGAGAUACUCGAGGACUCAGAUGACGAGUUCCUCUAUUGCGGUCCACAUUCUGCAGAGGAGUCAGUGACUUCGGAAGCCUAUCUUAUCAAGGCAUGGAUGCUGGGACCUUUUGAAGAGGAUACGCAGAGGAAACGCCGCGAACGCAGAGAAGAGGCUGCCCGGAGAGGGCUGCACUCGCUGAUUCUGCCGCAGGGAGAGAUCGAAGGAGAGAACCAGAAGUACAUCUGCGUCUUCCAAGUGGGAUUGGAAGAUGACGAAGAGUUUUGCCUCGUCAAGAGAAUACUUGGCAAGGCCGGAAACAAUAUGCGCCGCAUAGCUGACGAUUGCAAUGCCAAGGUUCGUUUGCGGGGCAUUGGCAGCGGCUUUUUGGAAGGCUCCGACGGCAAGGAGGCUAACAUGCCCUUGCAGCUAAACGUGAGCUGCACGGAGUAUGCAGAUUACGUGUCCGCCGUCGAUCAGGUGGCGACACUUCUGAGAGAUCUGUACAAACACUACAGGCGUUAUGCCCGGUCCAAGGGCAUGGAGCCGCCAGAUGUGCGCCUGAACGUAGAGGAAGUCCGACGUGACGACUUGCGCCUUGACCAGCUACAAGCGAAGGCAGUGAAGACGCCCGCAGAGCGAGAACAAGAACGACAGCUGAAGAUGGAGCGCCGUGAACGCGAACGUGAGAAUGAUCGCAAGAAGCUUGGGUCAGGCGAGCGAAUCACCAUCGAUCUGGAGAAUGCGCUUGGCGGUCCAGAUCGUCCAAUCAGGAAGCCGCCGAAGAUGGACCGACCGCUCGGCACUCCAGCUGAAAGCAGCAGUGAAGGUGAAGACGCAUACGGAACCUACGAUGACGACCUGCAGUCCAGAGCUACUGCGACUCUGCGUUCUGGAGCUCCGAUCCCGACGACUCCGGCGGGAAGACGUGCUGCAGCACGGUCAGGUGGUGCUGCAGCAGCUGCGCUUGCAGCAGCCGCAGCACGUGAGGCAGACCGUGAAGAACGUGAGAGGCAGAAACUCGAAAGAGAAAGAAGACGAAAAGAGAACGAGGAGAAAGCCGCGGCCGCCGCACGCAAGCCUGGUCGGAAUGCACCACGGGGGAUGGGCUUGGUCAUUCGAUCUGCUGGCGAUGCGCAGCAGCUGUCGGCUGAUGGGCAGCUGCCGAUUGGCGCGAACAGCGCAGCGAGCCCUCCGCAACCGGUCCCGAAAGGCUCGCUGGUUGAGAUGGAGAAGUCGUGGGUUCCAAACUUGACCCAGCUUGAAGGUAAAGGGAAGCCCAAAGGCAAAGGCAAGGAGGGAAAGGAAGGCAAGGAUCCUCGAGAAGGGAAGGGCAAGUCUGAAGGAAAGGAUGGCAAAGGCAAAGGCAAGGACAUUAAGGGCAAGUCGGAGGGAAAGGAUGGCAAGGGCAAAUCUGAGGGCAAGGGCAAAUCCGAAGGAAAGGGCAAACCUGGCAAGGACACUGCUUGCACCUGUGCUCCCGUGCCCUUCCUGUGGUCACUGCUCGGCCUUCAGGGGUUUAACAUCGCCUCCUUGAUGCCUAACCUUGUCAGCUUUCUGACGGGGGCUGUCUUGUACAAAACUGUGCAGAUGAAGCCGGAAAUCCUUUACUGUGGGGCUUUUACGUUAAUGAUUGCCGUGCUGUGGCUCGUGAUCGAGUUUGCGAGCUUUGGGCGUGCCAAUGGGGGCACUUUGCUCGCACACAAGAAUCCGGGUCUGUGGCAUGAGCUUGAGAUCUGCCCAUCUCCCUGCCAGGGGAUGUGCAGACUCACGAACAACUCUCCCAGUCGCGUGCCGUUUCUGUCGAAGCGCAGCCUCAACCAGAGUUACAGUAGCUGUUUGUCAAUGCUUUCUUGGUUCGUUACGAUGUUUUACGUCUCAGUGGAGGCAAAGGCUGACGAGUUUGACAGCCGCCAUGUUGCAACUGCAAUCUACACGUUUGCCAUGCUGCCGCGCAGGCCCCGCAACACAGCAUGUCCUCGCCAAACAGCGGCCGCAGUCGAGUGUCUAGCUGAUCAGAUGGCCAAGGAACUGGUCGUGCACGGCUUCGGGCAUCGCAGUCUCUCCAACGUCUGCUGGGCCAUCGCGAAGCUUAGUGGAGAGACCCCACUGUUGGAAGCCCAAACAGUACCCUUGGCCUCAGCCGCAGCCGGGUUGACUUCGCAGAUGAAUUCCCAGGGCCUGUCGAAUACCUGCUGGGCUCUGGCCGUCCUGAGGCUGGCGUUGCAAGAAGGUGCCAGUUUCUGGCGGUCGGCCGCUGCGGCCAUACAGAGCUUGGACACUGCAGAGCCCCGGCAUUUGGCAACCCUGCUGUGGGCAAUGGCAACGUCGACAGUGGAGGACAGAUUUCCCAUGGCGGGUGAUGCGGUGGAAGCGAUUGUGCGACAGGCCAGCAGCAUGUACAAAGAAAUCUCGCCGCAGAACUUGGCAAUAUGCGCCUGGAGCUUUGCAAGGCUGGCAGAGGCCCCCGAUCCGCUUCUGACGCUGCUCUCUACGGCAGCGCUGGAGCGUGGACUCGAAGGCUUUGAGCCGCAGGAGAUUUCCACAGCCGCUUGGGCUUUUGCGCGCCUCGCCGAGGUGUCGGAGAAAGAAAGCUACGAAGACUUCCGUCUGCGACUGGUGAUGGCAGGGUGCACCAGGCUUCCGGAGUUCACCCAGCAGGGGCUGGCAAAUCUGGCCUUCGCUUUGUCUGCGUCGAUGACUCCGCCCCGGCCGCGAGGCAAGCAGCGACAGCAUGGUGGCGCAGAGUGA